CUCUACGACCAGCUGCUGUGCAUCGACCUGACGUAGCUGCAUUCCUGCAAGAGAAGGGUACUGCUUCAUUGCAACUGCUCAUCAUCACCCUUUGCAAGAAAUGUCACGUAUCAUGGAAGACGCGCGCAUGUUGCAACAACUCGCACAGCUACAAACGCUCGUCGACGAUAUUGCUCUAGACCACUGCGGCCCACAAGAUGCCGAACGUCAGCUCCAUCAACUCGCAGAGCAGACGGAAGAGUCCGGCCAGCGAAGCGACGCGCUUAUUGACUGUCUCUGGCGUGCCUCGACAAUCGGUGCAGUACAUGAUCUAGACGACGAUGCAGCGGUUGAAGAAGCAAGUGAACGUCUCGCUCGACUUGGCAGCCUCGUGCAACAUCUCAACUCGACUGGAUUUUUAAACAGAGACAUCCUCUGUGAACGACUCGACCCAGCUCUCCUUCAGCACGCAAAACUGAUACCCGAUGCUCAAGCUUUUAGCAAGCGAGAAGUCAGAUUCCGCACAGCUCUGCUCUAUAAACAACAAAAAUUCAACUUGCUCAGAGAGGAGAAUGAAGGCUACAGCAAACUCGUCGCUGAAUUCGAUGCAUUCAUCGCAGCGACGCCCAACGAAGCAGCCACACCACGUGCAAAACAGCUCAUGACCAACAUCCAGUCUCUGAUUGGUUUCUUCGACCUUGAUCCUAAUCGUGUUUUAGAUGUUCUUGCGGAUCUUGCAGCAAAACAAUUAGCAUGUCAUUGGCGCUUCUUGCUCGCCUUUUUCAAAAUAUCACCUUGGUUCCUCCAUGAUCAACAACCCGUGCGGCCCUGCACCUGUUCAGCUGACUUGAGCGGACGUACAGGAAAUGCCAAUGCUGCACAAAUCAUGGGUUUCAAGUUUGCUGGACUGACAGGCGAAGAUGAUGCACAGGGAUUACUGUUGCUCAUGGCGCUUUGGAUCAAAGAAGGCAUGCUCAAGUUGACGGACCUUUGGCCGCAUCUCGCACCAGAUGAAGAGACAUUUGCAAAUGGCAAGCGCCUAUAUCGAGAGCAACUUGACAAUGAAAAGGAUAAAGCGCGUGGCGGAAAUAUGCUUGCCAUGGCCGGCGCCUUGGCGGAUGAUGACGAUGCACCCGCAGCUCCCGUGAGAUCAGCUCAACGAGCAGAGCCGAUGCAGUUUGAUACGCCACAAGAAGCCAUCCAACCAGUCAAUCACAGGCAACAGCUGGUGCAUGCACUCAUUGCCGUUGGUUCUAUCCCAGAGGUUAUGUUCCUGCUCGCAGAGUAUCCGUUCUUGCUUGGGUUGUAUCCAGCCAUGGCCGACUCAUUUUGUAUUCUCAUCGGCCAGGUUUUCCAACCGCUUGCAGACCAGUUGAGGCCGCAACAACAAUACACGCCUGAAGUCAUGGCAAGUCUCAGACAAGGCAAAGCCUUCUCAAGCGAUACAAAGUACCGCGACUCAAAGUUGACUCUCCCACCAGCACCCCGUACUCGGCAUGUUCUCAAUCCAAAUCCCACAUUCAGCACACCUCAACUUGUUGAGCGUUUCUUUUAUGACGAAUCUGCCAGUCAACUACAACAAUGCAACAGCCUCACUGAUUUUGGCGAGCUCGUCAUGCCGUACCUACGGAUAGCGGGCGUGCAUAUCCACAGACACGCCAAGUUGCUUUCGAAAAUUGCCCUCGUGGGCUAUACAGCGAUACGCGAACAACCCGAUUUGCGAGAUUUUUGGCUCACUGUGCUUCGGACUUCACUACUACCGGCGCUUUCUUUAUUGGAGACCAAUCCAGCUGUUGUCAAUGACGUUUAUAAGCUCGUGGAAAGCUACGAUCGCGAGCAACGCUACUCGCUGUAUGGGGAAUGGCACACCUCCUUAUACAAAACUAUCCCGGAACUUCGCGUACAGCUUAUCAAAACAGAAAAGGAAACAAAGGGCACUCUGAGACGUAUCUCAAAGACCAAUAUUCCAGAAUUUGGUCGAUUGCUCUCAAAAUCAUCGCACUCCAAUCCAUGCGUCGUCUUGUCGAUUGCACUCAACCAAAUUGAGUCGUAUGACAAUUUGGUCGAGGUGGUCAUUGAGGCGAGUCGGUACUUCACCUUCAUGACGUUCGAUGUGCUGGCUUAUAUUCUUCUCACUCUGCUCUCCAACAACAUCAAGCGACGCCUAAAGGAAGACGGUACGAGCGUCGCCCAUUGGCUACAAAGUCUGUCGUCCUUCACCGCGAAAAUCUACAAACGCUACAGUCAUCUGGAUCCAGUACCUAUCGUGACUUAUGUCGCCAAACAGCUCAAGAUUGACAACGCCUUUGAUCUCAUCAUUCUACAGGAUUUCAUCACAGAAAUGGGCGGUAUUCGACCAAGUUCUGAUUUGUCAGAAGAGCAAUUACUAGGCUGUACCGGUGGACCGUUGCUCCGAGCGGAAGCCCUGUCACUCAUUAAUGAGCGUCAAGAAGUGACAGCUAAGACGGCUUUGCGCUUACUCGAUGCCCUUGAACGGACAAGCCUCACAGUGCCUUUUGCGCUUAUGAUUGGAUAUCAGCGCGAUUGCAGCAUUUACCGCAUUGAAGAAGAGACCUUACUGGUCAAGUUGCUCGCGAAUCUGCAAGACACCAGUCAUUCUAUCCUUAUUCAGUAUCUCGAUUUCCUUUCGACUUAUCUGGAUGGUCGGUUGAACGAGCUUGCGAUGCCGAGUAUCUCUGAUUUGGUUCUAGGAGCAAACUUGCAGCCUGUUGUCGCUUUCAUGAUUGCUCGACCAGGCUUAUUGGCCGCUGUGCGCGACUACAAUGCGAGAACCAGCGCACACCUCAGAAAGGCGGCUGAAAUGGAAACUGCUGCUGACGAUGCUACAGAGACUGCAAAACCCAUUCAAGAUGAUGCUGGGAAAGAGGAGGAGAAGAUGGAAGCUCAGGAAAAUUAUAUGCAAGAUGACGAUGAGGAUCUCACUCCUGUCCCAAGCUCUGAUCAUGGCGAAGACGACAUCAAGCCAGAGACGACUCAGGACGUCGAGAUGAAGGACGAGCAACCAGAGGACAACCUGAUGGAAUCCUCGACAGCGGAAGACACCGAACUUGAAAAAUCACCCAUCGAAUUCCAUCCAGUCAUCAGCGAUUUGACUGAUGGUAUUAUCGAUCUCUUGCCGGAAGCAACUUGGAACACACUCCCUCCCCGUCUUUAUGUCACAUUUUGGUCACUAGACUUGUACGAUCUGAGUGUUCCUGUUGAGCGCUACGCCAAAGAGAUCAAAGCCAUUCGAAACAGUAUCAAAGAGAAUCAACAAGUCAACAAGGAAGAUAUGUAUACAGCCAUUCGAGCAAAGGAAGCAGAAGUCAAGCGACUCGAGGCCCUCAUUCCAGGCUUGCAAGCAGAAAUGAAGACCCAGAUGCAAAACCAUGACUUCAUCAUGAAUCAGCUGGCAAAAGAACAAUUGACUUGGUAUGGAGUAACGACAGAUGAGGAGGCGCAUGCUUCGCGCGCCCACUCGUUCUUGCAACAUUGCAUCUUGCCCAGAGCGCUCGUCUCGCCAAACGAUGCCAGCUAUUGCGCGCGUUUCAUCGCCUUCCUUCAUCAGACGAAAGUCUCCAAUUUGUCGAUGACGCACCUCUACGAAGAGCUCUUUGGUGCUCAUUUGUCAACAUCGAUAUUCACAUCGACUGAGCGCGAAGUGGAGAACCUGGGCAAGUUUCUCGGUGAAGUACUCAAAGCGCUCAACAAGCUGCAAUCAUCCGAAAGCACCUACAACGCCAUGCCCGUCCUCCUUACUGCGCCAAAGUCCGAGGAAGAGGAUUCGUUAGUCAUGUCUUUCGAAGACUUUAAGAGCAUGUGGUACAAAUUCCAUCGCUCACUAUGGACGUGCGUCAAGACGUGUUCUGGCUCCAAGGAGUUCAUGCACAUUCGCAACAUUUUAAUCGUGCUCGAAAAGAUGUCUGCUUCCUACCCGCACUUCAAAUGGGUCGGCAGUAAUAUUUCUCGCGACGUGGAUCGUCUCAUUGCAAGUGAGACGCGUGAAAGUCUCAAAAUUAGGGCAUUGAGUUACAAGGCUGUUCUCAAACGACAGCAAGGCCGCUGGGUCGAUGUACCAGGAAAGCAGUCUGCGGUCGCCGGUGACGCCUCAAAGCAGCCGACUCCCGCAACUUCACCAUCUCAGCUCAAGGCUACUGCAUCGCCCUUUGAGCCGAGAGGCAGCGUGCCACAGCCCAUGUCUGAACUGCCCAAGAGUCCAAAUGCAGUGCGCUCAGAUCGUGGUGAGAAGUCGCAACCUGACAGAACAAACACACCGGCAGGGGCACGCGAUGGGCAAGCUUCGUCUUCACCGAGAGUUCGUGUCCCUUCCUCGCCGAAGGACUCGCAUCGUGCAAGCCAAAUCGACCAAGUCCGCGAUGCAGAGAAAUCUCGAUCCAAUUCCCGGACAGCUUCACCUCGAACAGAGAAGUCGUCUGAUCGGCCGGGACGCAGCGAUCAUCCAGCAGACCGUGAACCUGUCAGGCGAGAAAAGGAUCUGCUCCAUUCAGACAAUCGCUCGAGCCGCAAUAUGCCGCCACCUGUAUCGGACCUGGAGCCUGGACGACUCAAUGGGCCACCUGUAAAAAAUGCUCGCCUAGAAUCAAGAUCUGGCCGGAGUGACGACCGUACGUCAAGGGAUUGGCGUAUACAAGAGCCGGCUCGCGGAGACGGCGGACGUUCCAGAAAUGCACACGGCGGCUCAGAUGCGCGUGGUGGCAGACGCGACGAGCGGGAUUCACAGGAUGGUCGAGAUGCUCCUCGCAAAGAUGGUGUAAGGCGAGAUGGUCGAGAUCGUCCAUCAAGCCGCGAGGGCUCCAAUGGUCAGGCUGACUCUCGCGGACGUCGCGAUGAUGGUGGACGCAGAGAGCUGAUUCAGCAUCACCUCCGCAACGAGUUACCAGAUCGCACAAAAUCUGAGCAGGCUCCUGUGGAAGCUCCUAGUGGACCACGUCGGGCUUCUGCGGAUGUACGCGUACCAGGAUCGACGAUAUUACGGGAGAAUGGCAAAAGUUACUCUGUUGCGCUCUCCAUUAAGGAUUCUAUGGCUGAUGGUGGUGACGCUAGACGCGAUAGCCGCCAAUCGCAACGAACUGACGCUCCAGCAAAGUCUUCACAAAAAGCAGAGUCGACGAAAGACGCUCCUGGUCCGUAUGUGCAUCCAUCGCGCUUGGCUGAGGAAAAGUCGUCUGAAGGUCGCAACACAGAAGGCCACGCCGUGCAUCCCUCACGAUUGAAAGUCAACGAACGUGGCAACAGUAGUCCUCCUCGGUCACGCGGAAGUGGGAGUGGAAGCGGCGGUGCUAUUGAUCGCCAAGGUUCCCACCACAACCAAGCCAAGAAUGACCGUGGUUCCGGCAGUGGACGCCGUGAUGGACGUGCAGCUGAGCAAGCUCGCUCUGGAGCUGAAGAAGGUGCUGGGAGUAGGUCUGGUGGUCGUGCUGGUGCUCGAGAGCAAGGCCAAGGCAAACGCCAUCCGGAUGAUGGUCCAUCUGGUGCAAGCCGUCCUCGCAGCCCAGCUCGUGGUGGCAAACGUCAGCAAAGUGGAUAUGAGGGCGAAGGCCGUGGUGGACGAGACACUAAGCGCGCCCGUCGAUGAGCUGCAUCUUUUCUAUCUGGCUAGUUAUCUUGUACCUAUUCACUGUAUAAUGUGA